AUGCUCCGUUUCUCUAAUGCUGUAGCUCCGCAGAAACAGGAAGCGAUGGUCCGCCAGGUGAGCUGCCACGGGAAGCUGGCCGGCAACUGGCGCGGCCGCCGCAGGCUUCGAGUGCGCGCGGGCGGCGUUCGGUUGGGCCUGCUGCUCCGGCUACGCGUGCGGCUGUCCGGCGUCGUCGGUCUGCUCCUCCGGAGCUUGGAGGAGCUCGGGUGCCGCCCCGGCGGCGGCGCGGCCAGGUGGUCGGCGCCGAGAGCGCGUGGGCCGGCGCAGUGCCAAAGCCGGCGCCCCGAGAGGGAUCAGAGCUCCUUCUACGCGGAGGCCAUCGCCGACUGCCUCGAGUUCAUCAAGAGCAGAUCGUCCUACUGUCCUGUGAGGGAUGGUAGGGGUUGCUAGUUUAACAUGCGACAACUCCUGGUGUUUUGUGGACUUAUGGUGCAUAGUGUUUUUUCCCCUUACCUUAGUGUCACUUAAUUGUACCAAG